CCUGGAGGAAAUUUUUCCCAGCCCUACCCUGGAGGCACAUCUCCAAGCCCUCCAACUGGUGCAAAAGACGGUGUGGAAACCCCUGGCUGAUGCCUACCGGGAGCAACUGAAUCGCCCGGUGGUGCCUCACCCAUUCAAGAUUGGGGACUCUGUCUGGGUCCGAUGCCAUCAAUCCAGGAACCUAGAGCCGAGGUGGAAAGGACCAUACACUGUCCUGUUAACUACUCCCACCGCACUCAAGGUUGAUGGGAUAGCGGCUUGGGUCCACGCGUCGCAUGUGAAGGCUGCCAAGGAACCCGACGAAGCUGAGAGCACCGAGACAUCAACAUGGAAGGUUCAACGCUCUCCAAACCCACUGAAGAUAAGACUUACUCGAGAGGGCCCCUGAUCCUGAUGUACAUUCUCCUGGUACUGAAGCCAGGGUUGGCGGGCAGCCCCCACCAGGUCUAUAAUAUCACCUGGAGUAUAAAUAAUCUCCUCACGGGGAAAAUCAUCAACCAGACAUCUGGCAUGUCCACUCUGGGAGAAUUUUACCCCGACAUCUGGUUUGACACCUGUGACCUCACAGUAGACCAUAGCAUAUGCCUAUCUAUAGACAUGCAGCGAUCAGACACACGCGACCCGGGCUACUAUGCAUGUCCCAGAGCAGGAAGGUCCCCCUCAGAAAUAAGGCGUUGUGGAGGGGCGGAUGUGGGGUUCUGUGGGGCAUGGGGAUGUGAGACUACAGGUACCACUUAUUGGAACCCAAGUUCCUCCUGGGACCUAAUUAUCCUAAGAAGAACCCCCGACUUUAAGGUAACUGAAAUCAAUGGAAAGAUUGAGGGCACAUGCAUAAACGGGGCCCAGGGGAGAUGCCACCCCCUGAUCCUCACAUUCACUGCCAAGGCAAGAGAGGAAGCAUGGGAUAGUCCGAAACCAUGGGGGUUACACCUCUACCGGCGGGUCGGAAGAGACCCCAUAUCCAUUUUCACAAUGUCCAGAAGUUUCUCCACGGGGAACCCCCCGGUAGCUGUGGAUCCUAACCCCGUCCUCCAGGAGCAGAAACCACCGUCCCUUUCAGACAGGACCUCAGUCCCCCUUCACUCUCCCUUAAACAACCCCACUAUUUCUCCCGGGACCGACCGCUCGGGGAUGCAGUUGGGGACAGGGAGUCGUCUCCUAAACUUAAUUCAAGGGGCCUACCUGACCCUCAACCUUACUGCCCCUAACCGAACCCGCAGCUGCUGGCUAUGCCUGGUCUCUAACCCCCCCCCCCUACUAUGAAGGGGUUUCAGUCCUAGGAAACUUCACUAAUCAUACGUCACCUCCUCAUGGUUGCUCCCAGGCCCCACAG